AUGUCAAUAUCUUUGAGUAUCCAUCUUCGCAAUCUUACUCAUCCUCCAACUAUGAACAAUCAAGAUUCAAACAAGGUCAAGUUUCUUGUGUCGUCGUUUUUUCCAUAUUUUUGUCCACUUUUUUGUCUGAUUCUCUAUCGCCUCCACAUCUCUACGUCUUCUCCUUCUUUUUUGAUGUAGACAGUUUUGUGUUGUCGAAGGCCAAUCCUCAUUUUUGUUUUAUUAUUAUUUCAAUUUUGUCUCAUAUUUUUUGGCUGUUAGGAAACAAUGGCAGAGUUAGUUUUUAUCAUUAUUCUUUAUUAAGUUAAUCAAAUAUUUUCAGAAAGAAAUGCAAAUGUAAUCGCUGGGUUAUUAGUCUUCAAGCUGCAUUUGAAAAUGAUAAUGUGAGUAAAAACAUUGUUUCAAUUCAACGUGUUAACCAAAAACCGGUUUUUAGUUCGAGAAAUGGUUCAGAAAAAGCGGUUCAAUCUAUCACCGAAGAAGAAUUCCAAAGAAUUCCUGAAUUCAGGCAUCGGGAAGAUGCUUUAGCUUGUCUCUUUGGUAGACUUUUGCUCAGACACUCUGCUCAAAAAUUUACCGGAGAAGAUUGGAAAAAUAUCAAAUUCGAGAGAACUGAACGUGGAAAACCAUACUUGGUUAGCCCACCUGAGACAACUUUUGGUUUAAAUGUGUCUCAUCAAGGAGAUUAUGUUGCGUUUGCUAGUAGUUGCUCUUCAAAAGUUGGAGUUGAUAUCAUGAGACUCGAUAAAGAACGUAAGUGGAACGUACAAAAUGUUCAAUCUAACCAGGAUUGAUUGAUUCUUUAGGUAACAACAAAACAGCUGAUGAAUAUAUCAAUUCUAUGGCCAAAUCUGCAUCCCCGGAAGAACUUCGAAUGAUGAGAUCACAACCAACAGAAGCGAUGAAAAUGACAAUGUUCUAUAGAUAUUGGUGCUUGAAAGAGGCAAUUUUGAAAGCAACCGGUGUUGGAAUAAUGAAAGAUCUAAAUAGUUUAGAUUUCCGCGUAAACAUGUCCGAUCGUUACCGUCCAGGUCAGUGAAUAGAUCAUCAAAAAACAGGAUUAUUUUUGGUCAACAAAAUAAAUGUGCAUUCAUAUUUAUUUGAAUGUCUGUAGUUGUAGUUGUGAACGAUGAUUUUCGAACAGAUCAGGAGGGAGAAUGAGAAUUUAUAUAAAUCAAACAAAACAAAAAUCAUAAUAUUAUGUAAAUAAAAUGCCAAUUGAAUUUCAGGAUGUUUUGUGACAUCAACAACUGUCAAUGAGGAUGGAAAACUUCAAGAGCAAUGGGUUUUUGAGGAAACAUUUGCGGAUACCAAUCAUUCAGCUGCUGUUUGCAAAGAGGUUUAUCUUUUUCUCAUUAAAAAAUGUUUAAUCCCCUCUCCCUGGUAAAAAACAUCUAAAAAGUACAGGGUGGUCUGACAGGCCAACAUUUCGGAGCAAGAAAAAAAAACUGUGCGCACUUUGUUGCUCACGAACGGCUAAGGAAAUUGAGAUAUAAUAGAGAAUAAGGAGUGUGUGAGAGUGUAUUGUCUCGUUGUUGUUUUUUUGUCUGUCCGCCGAAGUGUACAAAGAUGUUCGUUUGGUAAAAAUGACAGAUUUUGAGCUCGUGUGAUUUGGACAUUUAGAGGAUAAUUAUAUUGUUUAUCAUUCGGAUAAAUGAGAUUCUGUUGAUCUUUUUUGGAGUGUUUCGAGAAACAACAAUGUUACAGAAAUUUUCAUUGAAACCAAAAGAUUAUUAAUUUCCCGCCAUAAAAAGAACCCAAAAUCAAACAAUAAACGAAUAAAGCAGAUUACUCAAUAAAUUUGUUGACCUUUUCUAAACCAUCUUCCUUCCCGAAAUAGAAAACAAAAUUUCGAAUCCGGUUCUCAUGUAGAUUAUAUGACUAAUAGUUUGUUUUUUCUUACAGAAAAAGCUUCCACGAGAAUGUGUUUUCCGUCAAGAUCCGGAGGCGAAAAUCUUCUUCAGCAAGGUACAACAUUUUUGUUUGCUUUGUGAUAUCAUUUUUUAUCUUUCAAACAUUUUCAGAUAACAUUUUCCACUUUAUUGGAAAAUGCUGAGAUUAUCAAUCCAAUGCCAAAUGAUGCUGUUGAUGUUUUCGAAGAAUUUAUGAAAAAACCAAGAAAAACAUUUUAA